CACUCCCAUUGUUGUGGUCCGCAGUGGUGUGUCGUGGGUCCGGCACUCAGCAGGAGAUUCGUUAUUUUUUAAAAGAUAAUCGAACCUCUUUGAUGUGAGCCUUUGAUGUGCCGCGUUGCUUACUGACUACCAGCGACUGUAUCGCGCUUUCUUUCUUUUCUUUUCUCUCAUUCUGCAGCUGAUCUCAGUCCUCCCGCAUCAGUCUCGCCCUGUGUCCACACACACACACACACACACACACCGAGACACUGCGCUGCGUGAGGACGCGUAAGGGGACACGGGAAUGGGAGCUGUGCGUCGGACACGCGUUCUGUAGUUCUGGAUCAUGGAAGAAGUGCUUUGAAGUGUGUGUGUGUGUGUGUGUGUGUGUGUUAUGAGUGAACAGUCAGCACUGGGAUGAUAGGAGACGCGAUGACGCUGCUGUCUCUCCUGGGUCGCAUCAUGCGUUAUUUCUUGCUCCGGCCGGAGACGCUGUUCCUCCUGUGCAUCAGCCUGGCCCUCUGGAGCUACUUCUUCCACACGGACGAGGUGAAGACCAUCGUCAGGUCCAGCCGGGACGCCGUCAAGAUGGUGAAGGGCAAAGUGGCCGAGAUGAUGAUGAUGCAGGACGUCACCGGCGGCGGCCUGCAGGUGGUGGACGGCGAGUUCUCCAAGACCUGGGGCUUCAAGAGCCACAACGUGGCCGUGUACUCCAUCCAGGGCCGCAGGGACCACAUGGAGGACCGCUACGAGGUGCUCACAGACCUGACCAACAGGAGCCACCCAUCCAUAUUUGCCAUUUUUGAUGGCCACGGUGGCGAGGCGGCUGCUGACUAUGUGAAGGCUCACCUGCCCGAGGCUCUCAGGCAACACCUGCAGGCUUACGAGCGUGAGAAGAAAGACAGCCAGCUCUCGUACGCCUCCAUCCUGGAGCAGCGCAUCCUCGCCGUGGACCGAGACAUGGUGGAAAGGUUCUCCGCCUCGCACGAAGAAGCAGGUACCACGUGUUUGGUGGCUUUGCUGUCGGAUCGAGAGUUGACGGUGGCGAACGUCGGCGACUCCCGUGGCGUUUUGUGCGAUAAGGACGGGAACGCCGUGGCUUUAUCUCACGACCACAAGCCUUAUCAGCUGAAAGAGCGCAAGAGAAUCAAACGUGCAGGGGGUUUCAUUAGUUUCAACGGCUCAUGGCGGGUCCAGGGCAUCCUGGCCAUGUCGCGCUCUCUGGGCGACUACCCGCUCAAGAACCUCAACGUGGUGGUGCCCGAUCCCGACGUGCUGACUUUUGACCUGGACAAGCUGCAGCCCGAGUUCAUGAUCCUGGCCUCGGACGGCCUGUGGGACGCCUUCAGCAACGAGGAAGCUGUACGCUUUGUCCGGGAACGCCUCGACGAGCCACAUUACGGCGCCAAGAGCAUCGUGUUACAGUCGUUCUACCGCGGCUGCCCCGAUAACAUCACUGUCAUGGUGGUGAAGUUCAAAAGCAUUAAAAAUGAAGAAUAGUGUUCUGGUUUUAUUUUAGGACUUUCCUUUUUUUUUAACACGAAUAUGAAUACACGCUCCCUGAGAAUACGAUCAAUAUUAUUUUCGUGCCAAACGGACAACCUUUUCCAUAAUUUAACCCGACUGAAGGAGCAACGCCGAUGAACUGGCAGCUUGACCGCGCAUCUAUUUUUUUAUUUAAUAUACAAAAAAAAAAGAUAUAUCCAAUUCUGCCUGAACAUAUCAUAAGGGUCUUGAUUCAGUUACAUGAAUGCUGCUCGUGAUCUGCUAUAACCCCCUGUGCUUGGGUUCAAACCAAUCUGGUGAUUAAAGAGAAACAAAUAAAA